UUGGCGUGAAUUGGCUGGAGGUGGAGGAGAUCUGGACUGUGUGCAGCCCCUUUCUCUCUCUGUGUGUGUGUGUGUGUGUGUGUGUGUAGUCUGCUAGUGAGUUUAUGAAUGGUAAUGACAGACACCAAAAGAAGAGAGGGGAGUGGCUGUUGAUUUUUACCCCCCUUCUCUCUGUGUCUCAGGGUAUAGUGCCUUGUAGUGAGAAAGAGAGAGAGAGCAGCGGACGGGUGCACCUCUCUGUCUGUGUCACUGUGUGCAGGAUUGCCUCCUUCUCCCGGCCGGCCCAGGCUGGCAGUGGGAGGGGGAGCUGGAAAGAGAAAACAAUCGCACACAGCCGCCGCGCCUUUUGUCCCGCUCGGGGCCCCGUCGCCCCGGGGUGUGAUGGGAGAGACCAUGUCGAAACGGUUGAGGUCGGAGCUGGAGAUGGAGGAGCGCUCGUUCUGUAACCCGUACCCGGACUGCAGGGGGAACGGCGCCGCAGCCGCCUCGGCACCGGCGAACAGCUCCGGAGCCGGGCCGCACGACCAGCAACAGGAGGCGGCGGACUGCUUCGACUCGAACGGGAAGCUCAGUCCAGCCUUCAUAAAGCGGAUUCAACAUAAAAUCAAGGAUCUUUUGAUACAGAUGGAAGAGGGUUUGAAGACUGCUGAUCCUCAUGACUGUUGUGCUUACACUGGUUGGACAGGGAUUGCCCUUCUUUAUCUGCAGUGUUUCCGUGUAACACAGGAGUCUGUACAUCUCCAACGAUCAUUGUAUUAUGUGAAGAGGACACUGCGUAAUCUGAAUGGUCGAAGAGUCACAUUUCUCUGUGGUGAUGCAGGACCUUUAGCUGUUGGUGCUGUUGUGCACCACAAGUUGAAGAAUGAAGUUGAAUCACAAGAAUGUAUCACAAAAUUGUUACAACUGCAACGAACUGUCAUUUGCCUGGAUUCCGAUAUUCCAGAUGAGCUGCUGUAUGGCAGAGCUGGGUACUUGUAUGCUUUACUGUAUGUCAAUGUCGAGAUUGGGCAAGAUACCAUUCCUUUUCCUGUUAUUCAGGAGGUAGUUAAUGCCAUUAUCGAAUCUGGCAAAAAUCUUUCCAAGGAAGAACGCAAAACUGAACGCUGUCCUCUUCUCUACCAAUGGCACAAAAAACAGUAUGUUGGAGCGGCCCAUGGUCUAGCAGGGAUCUACUAUAUGCUAAUGCAGGCAGGCUCAAAGUUGGAUCAGGAGACCCUCACGGAACUAGUAAAACCAAGUGUGGACUAUGUACGACAUAAAAAGUUUAGGUCUGGAAACUACCCUUCAUCAUUAAGCAAUGAAACUGAUCGACUGGUCCAUUGGUGCCAUGGUGCUCCUGGUGUUAUACACAUGCUGAUUCAGUCUUACAAAACCUUUAAAGAAGAAAAGUACUUGAGAGAUGCAAUGGAGUGUAGUGAUGUUAUCUGGCAGCGAGGGCUGCUGCGGAAGGGUUAUGGAAUCUGCCAUGGAACUGCAGGCAACGGAUAUGCUUUUCUCUCUCUAUACAAGUUGACUCGGGAUAAAAAGUAUCUCUAUAGAGCUUGCAAGUUUGCAGAAUGGUGCUUGGAUUAUGGAACACAUGGAUGUCGUAUCCCUGAUAGACCAUAUUCCUUGUUUGAAGGAAUGGCUGGAGCAAUUCACUUCUUGUCUGACAUGUUGAAUCCAGAAGCAUCUCGAUUUCCAGCCUUGGAGCUCCAAAGUACAGCAAGCUUGUGCUAAAUGGUGAUCAAAUGAUUUUGUAUCUGACUUAGGAGGACUUCUUUUCAGUGGAGAGCAGAACAUCUUAGUGUCUCCUUUAUGAACACAGGCCAAAUCUGCCAUUAUCUCACGAACUAAGACUUUGAACGCGACAUAUGGAGCAGUAUCUCGGAGUAACUUUAUUCUCUGAAAAUUGGUGUGGCAUUUCAGCUUAAAGAUUAAAAAUAUUAAUUUAAUAUUAGUCCUCCUUUUGGUUUGUAUGCAAGCUUACAAUCCUGUGUCUGUGACUGUGUCUUUGUUCUUGUUUGUAUUGGAUCUAAUCGUUUGCCAAAUUUCCUUUUAAAGUGGUUAUGUUCUUUUGUGCAUGUUAAGAAGUUGGAUCAUUGAUCCCAUGAUACCACUUUACUUCUGGUUUAUGUUUGGAUGUACCUAAAGAACAGCGCUUAUAAAUUUGUUCCAUUAGUCAGGGUUGUUGGUCAUGUUGCAGACUUCCAAAACAAAGCUUUGCUUCAAGGCUAGAUUAAACAAAGUUGCUUUUGCUAAA